AUGUCACUUUCAAACCCUCCUAGAAACAAAUGGAGGUUGAUAGCAUGUAUUACUCUUUGGGUAUGUGUUGGAUUCCAUGAUGCUACUCCAGGUGCCUUGUUACCUUACAUUGAGGAUUAUUAUGAUAUCAGUUACUCAAUAGCUUCCUUGAUUUGGGUGGGUGCUGCCUUGGGGUUUAUCUUCAUAGCGUGUAUCUCGCAUAAGAUACAGCCGUGGUUUGGAAAGAGAAAGUCUGUGACUAUUGGAUGUGCCCUCUGUAUUGUCAUGUAUGCCAUUGUCGCUUCUGGCACUAAAUAUCCUGUAAUAGUCGUUGCUUUCUUCUUUGGAGGUGCUGGAGCUGCGCUAGAAAUUGCACAAUGUAACAUCUUUAUUUCACGACUCGACAAAGUUUCAACCUACCUUUCAUACUUACAUGGUGCUUAUGGAAUCGGUGCUACCGUAUCUCCUCUUAUAGCAACAUCCUUAGCUUCUAGGGGAGUUAAAUGGCACUAUUUUUAUCUUGUCCUCAUCGGUCUAAUGCUCCCAACUAUGUUCUUAAUUAACUAUGCCUUUAAGGAUGCCGACGAAGACAUGAAACCUUGGGAUGACGACGAAACUGAUCUCCAGAAGAUUUCAGAUUCCUCAAAUCUAGGCAACAAUACUGAAGAAAUUGAAUUGACUGAUUUUAAUAAAGCAGAGGAAUACCCACAGCAGCAACAGAAUAUGAUGCUUAUUGCUCUCAGCAACCCAACCACUUGGCUCGUUGCCUUCUUUGUUUUCUUCUAUCAAGGAGCAGAAGUAUCUAUGGGAGGUUGGAUAGUUUCAUUCUUCCUUGAUUAUCGUCAUGGAAAUCCAAAAUAUGUAGGAUAUUCUGCUUCUGGAUAUUGGGGAGGUUUGACACUAGGAAGACUAUUGUUAACCAGACCAUUGCAUAAGACACUUGGAGCUAGAAGAGCUGUCACAGUAGUUUCGAUUGGCUCAAUGGCAGUUGUUGGUCUUGUCUGGGGAAUUCCCAAUGUCAUUGCUGAGGCGGUCUUAAUAGCAUUUGCUGGUGUUUUAAUAGGACCCAAUUAUCCAUUAAACAUUGCUUACAUGGCUCAUGACGGGUUGGUUCCGAGAAAAAUUCAAGUUAUCUCACUUACAAUUAUGUCCGCUUUUGGUUCUUCUGGGGGUGCUAUCUUCCCAUUUAUUGUCGGUUUGGUUUCCCAAACAACUGGAACAUAUAUUGUAUUACCGAUAUUUAUUGCUUUGUAUGGGUUGAUGGUGAUCAUUUGGGUAUUUAUUCCGAAUGUAGAGAGAAGAAAUGUUGUGCCCUCUAAGAAUAGAUGGAAGAGACUUUGGCAGAGGGUCUGGUAA